AUGGAGGAUUCUGCGGGGCCAGAACAAAAGGGGGGAGCUUUAGACUCUCCUCGGAGGCCUCUCUUCUUUGCUUCUACUCCCAAACGCAGUGGGCAGUGCAGCAGCAGCAGCAGCAGCAGCAGCAGCGGUGCAGCAGCAGCAGCAGCAGCAGUUGCUGCUGCUGCUGCUUCAGCAGGGUCUACACAGAAGGCCCACUGGGCGCCCACAAUCGAAGAAAUCCGAGCGCGCCUCAAACCCCGCGGGCCGUGCGGAGACGGCGGUUCGGGUGUCUCUACAGCAGCGCCGUCUUACGAAGCCCUCCCAAUGUCUCCUUCCUUUUUGCGGCUGCGGCUGCAGUCAGACGGUGCUGCUGCUGCUGCUGCUGCUGCUGCUCCUGCUGCUGCUGCUUCUGCUGCUGCUGCUGCGAGUCCUGGCAGGAGCAGCAGCACAGCAGCAGCAGCAGCAGCAGCAGCAGCAGCAGAGCGCUCUCUGUCUGUACACCGCGAGGCCGAGUCGCUGCACUUCCGGGCCUCUGGCUCGGACUGUCUGGAGACAAUUAUGCGGCGGAGACAAACAGCAGCAGCAGCAGCAGCAGCAGCAACAGCAGCAGCAGCAGCAGCAGCAGCACCAGACAAAGCAGCAGCACAGCUGGACCCCGCAGGCCAGGCCAAGUGCCUCUUGAUGCUUCACGAGCUCCUCGGUGAGCUUCAGCAGCAAUCCAAGUUAGCUAGCUAG